GACCUGGUCUGCGCGCGCGCAAGCAGAAGAAGAGGAGCAGCAGCAGCAGCAGCAGCAGCGUCUGAAGGGGCGCCGGCGCCAUGGACGAAACGAGCCCGCUGGUCUCUCCGGAGCGAGGCCCGGCGCCGGGUUACGGCCUCCCCGGCUCCGCUGUGCGCUCCCCGCCUUGCCCGGCCGCCCCUUGUCCCGCCCCUUGUCCCUGCCCUUCCCCGCCGGGCUCCCCGACAGGUGGCCGCGACCGGGAGCGACAGCCCCUGCUGGACCGGGGCGCCGGCGCGGCGGAGCGAGGAGCCCGAGGAGGGCCGGCUGGGGCCGGGGCCGGGGCUGCGGCAGGCGUAGCCUCCGGAGGGACCCAGGUCCCCCCUCAAGCUCAGGCCGGGGCGGGCUUGGCGGGGGCUCGGGAGCCCCGCAACGAUUUCCCCGAAGACCCCGACUUCGCGGAGGUGGUGCGGCUGGCGGAGCAGGCGAGCGAGAGGGGCAUCUACCCGGAGCGCAUCUACCAGGGCUCCAGCGGCAGCUACUUCGUCAAGGACCCUCAAGGGAAAAUCAUUGGUGUAUUCAAACCCAAGAAUGAAGAACCCUAUGGGCAACUAAACCCAAAAUGGACAAAGUGGCUGCAAAAACUUUGCUGCCCUUGCUGUUUUGGAAGGGACUGCCUUGUCCUCAACCAGGGAUAUUUGUCUGAGGCAGGUGCUAGCCUUGUGGACCAGAAGCUGGAACUGAACAUUGUUCCCCGUACAAAGGUGGUAUAUUUAGCCAGUGAAACAUUUAACUAUAGCGCCAUUGAUAGAGUGAAGUCCCGGGGCAAACGUCUGGCUCUGGAGAAAGUGCCAAAAGUUGGGCAGAGAUUUCAUCGAAUUGGGCUACCUCCAAAGGUGGGCUCCUUUCAGCUUUUUGUGGAAGGUUACAAGGAUGCAGAUUAUUGGCUGCGUCGAUUUGAGGCUGAGCCUCUUCCAGAUAAUACUAACCGCCAAUUGCUGCUGCAGUUUGAGAGACUAGUGGUGCUGGACUACAUCAUUCGUAACACUGACAGGGGUAAUGACAACUGGCUGAUCAAGUAUGAUUGCCCUCUGGACAGCACAAGUGUGCGGGACUCAGAAGAGUGGGUAUUGGUGAAAGAGCCUGUCAUUAAACUGGCUGCUAUUGACAAUGGCCUGGCUUUUCCUCUCAAACAUCCAGAUUCUUGGAGGGCAUACCCUUUCUAUUGGGCAUGGCUGCCCCAGGCCAAAAUACCCUUCUCCCAGGAGAUCAAGGACUUGAUCCUGCCAAAGAUUACAGACCCAAAUUUUGUCAAGGAUCUUGAAGAAGAUCUCUAUGAACUCUUCAAGGUAACCACAGCCACCAGGGCAAGUACAUCUGUGGUGCCACUACUUCAUCUUAAAGAUCCAGGUUUUGACAGAGGCCAGUUCCACAAACAGAUUGCUGUCAUGCGUGGUCAGAUCCUGAACUUGACACAGGCCUUGAAAGAUGGGAAGAGUCCCCUACACCUAGUCCAGAUGCCCCCGGUCAUUGUCGAAACAGCUCGCUCCCACCAACGUUCUGCCAGCGAGUCCUACACACAAAGCUUCCAGAGCCGCAAACCCUUCUUUUCCUGGUGGUAGCAGUUGCCCUUUGCACUCACCGAGAAACCUGACUGGGUGGGGAGUGUUACUUGACUGCGGGUGACCAAUCCUCCAGACUGAGCCAGCUAUGCUGGAGCCAGCAGAUGUGAGCAGGCCCUCCAGUCAGCAUCACUCUGCACACUUCCCACAGAAAGGGAGGGAGCUUCAUUCAGACCGACUGCUACUCCUUUCUUGCUGUGGGCCGGUUUGCUCCCCAUCCUGAGCAUGGCAGCAUCUUCCAGCAGGUGCCUGCAUGCAGUGCCCUUGUAGUUUCAUGCUGUCCCUCUAAUAUCCAUCUGGGUGGAGCACAUGCAGUGUCCUCUGUCCCAGAAGGCUGGUGACAAGGGGAUGAUUUCAAGUGGGAUGGAAGUGCUACUGCUCUAUGUGCAAAUGCCGGACUUGAAACUCCUUCCUCCUUUAGUACACCCUCUAGUUCAUCCUGAGAAGACCCCACUAGGCUUACUCUGUUACCCUUGGUCCUACAGAGAUGUUCCUAGUGAUGUGUGUUUUGGAGACAUCUGUAGGGAAUGUGGUCAUAACUGCCUACAUCUGGAGAGAUCCAGCUUGGCCAGAGGGGAGAGCUUAAGGGUUGGGAUAUUGCCUGUUAUAGUGGCUUCUGUCUUUUUGGAGGUAGUAGGUAAUACUAGGGGGAGUAGGGUUCUGCAGAGGACCAUAAGAUGGGAGAGUCAAACUGCUGUUUUCCUUUCUUUAUGCAGCAGGGAGUAAGGGCCUCAAGCAGUAGGUUUUAAUUUGGUUUUAAAUUAUUCAUCCCAUGUGCAUACAGUCACGCUCCACAUAGUCUGAGAGCAAGCAAGAGGAAGAUGUAUAUCCUAGUAUGGUUACCUUGGGCUAGCACUUUACACCCACCUACUAUGGUCCCUAGAGCAAAUAAUAGAUGUCACUCUGUUUUAGAGACAUGGUGGAGCAGAGUGUGGGUGAGGCGAGGCUUUUGCUAGAGGCAGUUCUGUCUCUUGAGCUGGAUGCCUUCCUUCAGCUGAGUAUGAGCACUGACAAUCGUGGAGGGAAAGAGUCUGAGUGUUGCCUGCUGCCAUUGGGGAGAUGCCCUCACUACACUGUCUGCCACCCUUUAGCAGGCAGUACUGGUUAUAAGGAUCAUACUGAGGCUAUGCCUUGUGUACAGUGGAAUGGUAUGAUGACUUCUGCUUUUCUGUAGACUGCCAUGCUAAAUCCCUGGUAACAAGAACUUCGCAUCUUAAGUUGUCGACUUCUCAUCUGAAGUGUCCUGGUUUCUUCUUGGGAGCUGCUAAUGUAGCUGCUGAUCAAGCCUGCUAGGGAGAAGUCUUGUGCCAAGCUCAGUCCGGCUUCCUUCCUGUUCCAAGUAGCGCCCUGCACCUGGUAGGUGUGGCCUGCCUUCUCCUGUUGUUCCUGGCUGGAGAGAGGAUUCUCUGCUCUAUGCCUGUGGUGCCAGGCUGAAGCUGCUGUACUUGGCGCUAGGGGAUACUUUCCCUUUUUGCCAGCCUGAACUGAAAUGUAUUGUUCUUAUGCACUGUAGAAAUGUAUGUAAUAUAUUUAAAUCAAUGCAAGUAUCUUCAUAACAGGUCUGCAGUUGCAGAGCCAGUUUCCUGUGUGUUUUUAUGCCUGCUAGAGUUAAAAAGAGCUAAAUGUUCUAACCUCAGUCCCCAUUGUGCUGCGCCAGUUACAAUUGUGCCUUUAUAUACAACUGCUCUGCUUGCCAUGCACUUUCAAUCUUACCUCAUAGCAUAGACCAGCUUUCCCCAAUAUGGUGUCCUUCAUUCACUAUUAGCCAGAUUAAUCAGGUGAGCUGGCUGGGUGCUUAUGGGAGUUGUGGUAGAACACACCUGGAAAGGACUCAGGUGUAGCACAGGCUGGGGAAGUGUGAGCUUCCAGAUUUUGUUGGAGGGGAACUACCAUUAGUCCUAGCCAGCUAAUGAAUAGCAAACAAUGAUGAUAGUUGUAGUCAAAAACUACACAUAAGCUCACACCUUCCCUACUGCUGGUGUAACAGUUCUAGUUAACCCGUGAUAUGUAAUCUGGUUGAAAGUCCCUCUUUUUUGUCUAAUUUGUAUUGUGAAGCCUGAUCAGGAAAGCUGCCCUGUGCCAGGGGCUGGCUGCUGGUAGAUAAACUACUUCCUUUUUUUAGUUUUUAUAGCUGUUAGGAAAGCAAAUCAUGUAUUCUAAUUUAUGAGUGAACCAGCUUAGAAGCAAUAUUUAACACAGUGUUUACAGUUGCUUUUCCCUGUUAAUGUUCACAUUUCUGUUCUGGCAACAUUAAAUAUAUACAUUUAGUGAAAAUA